AUGGGUUCCCCAUUAUCUCCCAUCAUAGCUGACAUAGUCCUUCAAGAUUUGGAAGAGAAAGCUCUUUCAACAUUGACUUUCAUUUACUACAGAUACUACAGAUACGUCGAUGAUAUCGCAAUGACUGCACCAUAUUAUCUUAUGGAUCACACGCUUAAUGUUUUUAAUUCCUUACACCAAUUCACCCAAUUCACCUUAGAAAUUGCUGACAAUGAUAAAUUGAACUUUUUAGAUAUCUCAAUACUUCUAAUUAACAACCGCUUAUUAACUGGUUCCAUAAACUUACUUUUUCGGGUCAGACAAGCAGGAGACUACAGACGAGAAUCGGGGAACACCGCAACCACAUACGUAGAAAUACAACUGUUGGUUCGGGUACACAAGGACGUCCUUCCCAGUGCAUCUUGCACUAAUGUCAUCUAUAUGAUCAAUUGUGCAGAUUGUGAUGCAUCUUAUGUAGGUCAGACAAGCAGGAGACUACAGACGAGAAUCGGGGAACACCGCAACCACAUACGUAGAAAUACAACUGUUGGUUCGGUGAUUACAGAGCAUAGAUUAGAGUUUGACCAUGAUUUCGACUGGAACCAUGUUCGGAUUUUGGACAGCGAAAAAUAUCUAAACAAACGACUGAUAUCUGAGAUGUUGUUCAUAAGGAGACAAAUUAAUGGUCUGAAUCUGCAAACGGAUACCGAGGGCUUGCACCAGACAUAUAUUACUUCGUUGGAUAAACUUCCCAACAUUUAA